AUGUCAGGAGGCGCAGAGCCUCGCCCUCCCUCCGCAGCCUCGUCGCGAAGCAUCUCCCCUCGGAGGAGACAACGGCAGCUCUCCAACGCCCAACAGGAGCAGGCGGCAGUGGUAGCAGCCGAAGCUGCAGAUCCAAUCACUUCCUCUUCUCGACUCAGCGAAGCUGCAACACGCCCGCGCAUGAGCCGCAGCAGUAGCGGUCCUGCCGUUCUACCUCAGGAGCACGUCGUGCAAGACCCGGCCGCCGCACCCAUCACUGCAACCCAAUCCGUCCCCACUCAGCUAGCACCUCGCGCCUCUCUCAGGCGGCACAACAUCUAUCACGAGAUCGCGCAUCUUGGCCUGCCAGGCGUAGAGUCUAGCUCAGACUACUCCGACGAGGACGGCGAUGAGGCGGGCCCUUCCAGCCCUUCGAGGCGGCAGUCGGACUCGACUCCUCCUCCUCCCUUUCCACAAGGUAGUCGCAGACCAGAGACCCCGCCGCGAGCUCCACCACCUCCAGAUGUGGAAGGAGGUGAAGAGCAGACGCCGUGGACUGAGGAGGACGAAAGGAGAUGGGUGGACUACAGGCGGAGAGUGCCGGAUAGCCCGCCGCCAGCUUUCGUGAGCGAGGGAGAGGAAGAAGAAGAAGAGGGCGCAGCUGCAGAGGUGGUACAGGUGGACGGAACACGACCAGCUUCUCCCUCCGAGGCGAGCGAGUCAUCAGCGGGUGAGGAGGUACAGCAGGUGACAGACGAGGAGCAAAGAGCGUGGGAGCUUGAUGCUCAACGAGGGCUCAGCUUUGAGGAGCGGCUACAUCGUCUGGAGCUGCGCAGAAGACGGAAGGAGGGUAUGGCAGAGCAGAGAUGGAGGGAGGAGAGAGCAAAUGAAGUGGCUGUGAGAGAGAUGCUGGAACAAGAGGCGAGACAGGAGGCUGCGCAGCGAGCCGAGGUGGAGAGAGCUCAAAUGGAGGCACAAGACCAGGCGCUCAGUCCCACGCAAGAGGCUGCUGCCAUCGACCAGCCGUUGCCGGCUACGGAAGCCCAACUCGCAGAACCAACGUCGUCGCAGGUUGACCUAGAGGAGGAGGUUUCAGCUGUCGUCGAAGCUGUGGCAACACCAGAACUGCCCCAUGCAGCCCCUGUCGUGGUUCCAUCAUCGAGCGCUGCGCCUGGCGCGGCCCCCCGCGCUGCCGCUUCAUCUCGGCAGCCAGACCGAAGUAGCUUUACCAAUGGCGCCCUCAGCGUGCCUUCGCUGCAGGUGACCCGAACGGGAGGAGCCCGCAAGUCACACAGCCGCUCGACAUCAGAUCAGCGCGCAUCUCCCAUUCCUCGCGGCAAAGCAACUGCUAUUCGCCCACGGCCAAGCUCAGAAUCUCACUCACGUUUCAGGGACGAUGCUUCAGCAGCAGCAGAGCGCAGAAGGCUAGCGUGGGGUGUUGCCGCCUCUCCCGCCGGCUUGCAUGUACCGCUUGCGCCUCCUCCAAGAACUCGAGAGGAAAUGGAGGCUCACAGGGUGCAGAUGGAGCGCGCGACGACGUCUACAUCGGAAGGCGCCUCAUCGUCCUCGAUGGUUCGACCAGACGACAAUGAUGACUCAGCCUCAGAUGCUUCAUCAGACUCUGCAGGAGCGUGGGAAGCAGAGCAAAAGGCCUUCGAAGCCAUGCGCGCAGCAGCUGAGCGCACGACUACCGUGGCCGACGAGUCUGGAUCCGAGGACGAGGCGAUGGCUCCUCCGCAGAUGGCACGCUCGCCAGGACAGAUCAUGCGCGAGUCACUGCCUAAAGCGCCGCCCCCACUUGCUCUGGGCCGUAGUCGUGGUGCCGGGCUGGCCUACGACGCCUCUGAGUCAGACUCAUCCGCAGACGAAGGCGAGGCAGCAUCUGAGUCGGACGAUAGCUUGAGCCCGGACGAUGGUGAAGUACAGCGACAUGUCAACGAAAGGUGGAGCACACAAGAUAUAGCCUCCGCUCCGAGCGCUGCGGCGGACCUAGCUGCCGUGAGGCGAAGCUUGGACAGCUCUUUGGCGCCUGCCCCGACGGCUUCUAGCAGUAAAGGCAAGCAGCCUGUCCGACCGCCUGCCGACGCCGCUCUCUUUGCGCAGCAAUCCCGUCAUGCCGCGUCCGACCCCAAUCUGCCUGGCUCGUACACCGCGCCGGCUGGCGAGUUCGAGCCGGACAGCUCGAGCAGUGCUUCGUUCAGCGGAGAGGAGGAAGGCGGGAUGGAGCCGGUGAAGAGGACGGCGACGCUUACGUCGAUGGGUAGUCAGCCGUCGCUCAAGGCUAGCGGGUCCAGCGGCAGCUUGUGGCAAGGGCGAAUGCCUGGUGCACCGCAGCCUAUGAGGCGGGCUGAGGUAAAUGAUCGACUGAAAGGGUUGUUUGACGCGCCCAUGCCUGGGUCGUCGACGCAGCAGCAAGCUCCGACGAGGAGGUCGAGCCAGAAGAGCACGCGUAGCAUUGAUGGACCUGAGGUGGCGGUGGCCAGCGAUCGAGCAUCGAUGCGAAGCUCGAAGAGUCGCCAGACCUCCGGCGAGUCUAUUCCCGUCACAAGUCCGCCAGCGCCAGCACCGCCACGCAAGGUCUCAGUCGGCACCGGGCUCCCAGAUGAGCAACAGCUCCGCCGCGAGGCCCUCCUGGAUAUCGCACGAAUUCAAGGCGGUGUGCAGGGAGGACACAAUUCCCUCGCCGCACUCGAGCGCCUCCUCUCCGGCUCUCUUCGCCCACAACAGCAGCAGCCAGUCGACCCUUCGCUACCCUUUACAAAUAGGCAGAGCUCCUACGCCCCCCUACCCCGCCAGUCCCGCUUACCGCAGAUCACGGACGCAACGAGGCACUUCCCGCCCAGCCGUGCGCCGACUAUCUCGAGUGACGGCGGUUCAUCCACAGGCGCAGCACCUGGGUCACGCGCGCGACCGCCCGUACCCGGGAGUCGGAUCUCAGCGCUGAGGGCGAGGUUUGAGGCUGGUCAGGAGACGGGCGGCGCGCAGCAGGAGGGCGCUGGUGCAGCGUCUUCGCCCGCCACGGUGGAUGCCCCAGCAUCGCCCACUCGACCAUUGGCAUCCACCAUCUCCCGCUCCGGAGCAGUACGACGUGCCCCACCUCCUGUUCCUCCGCGACAGCGAGUCGCAAGCACCGCGUCGACCACGGCGCCGCCUGCCUCUUCUGCUUCGGCAGCGCAGCGAUUGAACGGUGGUCAGGAGGUUCCGCAGCGCAGAGCAACUCCUCCAUUGCCUAACAGGAUCUCUCCGCCUACGACCGUGCGACGUCCACCGCCACCUCCGCCUUCUAUGGCAUCAGGAGUUUCUCAAAUGCCCGGAGCCAGCCCACCUCAGCUGCCACCAAGGCCUGCUGUGCCGCUCGUUUUGGCUGAGCCAAGGCAAGAAGCGCGCCGCACGAGCUCCACCGAAUCGGCAGCCGUAGCCAGCCCGCCGGACAUCAUCGUCGUGCCGCCGCAUACCGGCAGGAGGCCUUUGCCUACGCCGCCAACGAUGCCGGCCAGAAGCAAUGGACAAGGGCGCGAGGCGCUCGCGAGCCAGCCUCCUGUGAACGCGGAGCCCUCUGAGGCUAUCACUUCACCCGCAGGCAGGUCAUCUACACUGCGCCAGGGUAGCACUGACAGCAAUAGCUUCAGACUCCGUCAAGACAGCUCCGCGCCCUCGUCUACGAUGCCUCCGCCUCAGUCAGCUUCCAACAUCUCUGGCCCCGCCAACACGGAAGAUGACGACGCCUCUUCGCCCUCCCCCUCCCGCUCCCCACCACGUCGCCAACCUUCGCUAGGCAUAACCGAUCUGGAUGUUCUCGCCUCGCGCCUCGACCUUGAUGGCUCCCACUUCGACGAGCUUGCCGCGCUCCAAGAAUUCCUGGGCCCUGCCGAAGCCUCUCGUGGAGGCAUCCUCACGCCUCACGAGAUGGCAUCCCUGCCCGUAGGCCCGGUGUACCUCGAGUCGCGCCGUGUCACGCGAGAGGGCAAAACGAAGAGCAAGCUAGCCUGCCUAGGCUUGAGGGUGGAACGCUGUGCGGUUUGCAUGAGCCAGUUCAAGGAGGGACAGAUGGCUGUUGUGCUUCAGUGUCUGCAUGUGUUCCACGAGGAGCCGCAGGCACGCUUGCACAUGCGAGUUGACUGGCUUCGCAAUCUGUUCUGCGCUUUUGCCUGCGAGUGUGAACACUACCUCAUCAGCAGCCGCGUGCUUAUCGUCCUCACGGGUCGUGCACGGCAGUUGAUUAAUUCUGAAGAGCUCUGGUUGGCAACCUGGCCCUUGGUGAUCAGCCUCACGACCUCUGAUGACGAGAGCAAGCCCAGCACCAGCUCCAGUAAGGAGGCCAAGAAGGAGGAGGAUCAGGACAAGAAAAUCAUCAAAGAUAUCAAGCAGGCUGGGAAGACGGGACCUGGUAAGGCGUUCACCAAGGGGAAGUCAGAGGAAGACCUGAAGAUCAUUGCUUGGUACUACAAGCAGCGCAACAUGAAGGCUCUCGAUGAGGUGCUGGAGGGGCAGCGACCCCCCACGUCGAUCAAAGCGAGGAUCGACAGUCUCUUCCGCAAGUGGGAGGGGACCGUUGGGUGAGGCGGCAGGGUAACGCUCAUCCAUCUCAGCUUUCUCACGAUGUCGCCUGGCUAUCAAGUCGUCCACGACCUUUUCACAAGAUUCGUGGCUUUCGUCUUCGGCACUUACCUGUCUGAUUCUUCCAACACAAUUCGGACACUCUCCGCCCAUUCUCGAGAGGGUACAGUGAGAGCACGUAUGAGCAUUGACUUUCAGCCGAAGGGCUAUGGAGUUCUUUUGUCGAGAAGAUUGCAAGAUGAUGCCUGUCGAAAUCUUCGGUGUUGUGACUACGCUUGUUGACCGCUCGCUCCUCCCUCGCGCGGGUGGACGGGGUAUCACACUCCAGGUGGCUUUUCACCUCUAAGCUCAAGCCCUCUUCUCUCCCUUCCUCCUCUCCAUCGACAUUCACGCCACUUAGGAAAGAUUCCCGCCCACCUAACUCUCAGCUUUCAUCCACCAUUACAGUAGC